GCGAGGGGUCCUUGCGCCGGACGCGUUCUGCGCCCCGGCGGGCUCGGAGCGCGCGUCCUUCUCUCCUCGCAGUCAAUGGCGCGAUUCCUGAGACUUUGCACUUGGCUGCUGCUGCUCGGCCCCGGGCUCCUGGUGACCGUGCGGGCGGAAUGCAGCCAGGACUGCGCGACCUGCAGCUACCGCCUGGUGCGCCCGGCCGACAUCAACUUCCUGGCUUGCGUGAUGGAAUGUGAAGGAAAACUGCCUUCUCUCAAAAUCUGGGAAACCUGCAAGGAACUCCUGCAACUGUCUAAACCAGAGCUUCCUCAAGAUGGCACCAGCACCCUCAGAGGAAGCAGCAAACAGGAAGAGAGCCAUUUGCUAGCCAAAAGGUAUGGAGGCUUCAUGAAAAGGUACGGAGGCUUCAUGAAGAAAAUGGAUGAGCUUUAUCCCGUGGAGCCAGAGGAAGAAGCCAACGGUAGUGAAAUCCUUGCCAAGCGGUACGGAGGCUUCAUGAAGAAGGAUACAGAGGAAGAUGACUCCCUGGCCAAUUCCUCCGACCUGCUGAAAGAGCUUCUGGAAACAGGUGACAACCGAGAGCGCAGCCACCAUCAGAAUGGUGGUGAGAAUGAUGAAGAAGUGAGCAAGAGAUACGGGGGCUUCAUGAGAGGCUUAAAGAGAAGCCCCCAACUGGAAGACGAAGCCAAAGAGCUGCAGAAACGAUAUGGGGGCUUCAUGAGAAGAGUGGGCCGCCCGGAGUGGUGGAUGGACUACCAGAAAAGGUACGGAGGCUUCCUGAAGCGCUUUGCUGAGUCUCUGCCCUCGGACGAAGAAGGUGAAAGUUACUCCAAAGAAGUUCCUGAAAUGGAAAAAAGAUAUGGAGGAUUUAUGAGAUUUUAAUACCCUUUCCCACCAGUGGCCCUGGGCUGUAACCAGCCUCCCUCCACCCUCCAGUGAGAAACCGUUGGUAGUGUUGUAUUGCCAUGUGUUGCUUGCUUUGUGUGGGUGACUUGAUUGUCUGUAUAUCUAUACAGCCUGAAAGCCAUCCUUUCAGGUUCCGUGUUCCUUUUGGGGUCUUCAAGCUCAGUAUUGGUCCAUUGCAGCUAUCUCGUUUUAAUGCUAAAAUGGUUUCUUGUCACCUUGUUCCUUAUUUUUGACAAAACACCAAUACAUACCUACCUGCAUAUAAAUAUAAUAAAUCCGUUUCCCUAACUGCAU